AUGCAAGCUUUGAAGAGCGACGAGUCGUUGCAGCUGGACGUUUUCCACUGUGGCAUCGGGAUCACAGCUUUCGCAAAGGCCAAUCUAUGGCAGCAUUCUGUGCAUUUGUUGCGCAUGAUGCCGGAGCUGAGCCCCUCACCGAACAGCAUCUGCUACACCUCGGUGAUCUCGGCCUGUCAAAAAGGAGAGCAGUGGCAGCUUGCGAUGAAGGUCUAUAAUGCCCAGACCGCUUCGAGCAUCACGCCAGAUGUCAUGUGCUACGUUGCUGCGAUCGCUUCCUGCGAGAAGGGUGCCCUCUGGCAGGAAGCUGUGCAUAUUUUUGAGCAGCAGCGGCGUGCGGGACCUCCCAACGCAAUCAGCCAUAACGCCACCAUCAGUGCAUGUGGUAAAGCGUCCGAGUGGCAGAUGGCCUUGCAGCUCUUUGUUGCCAUGUCGACCGCAUCGCUGCAGAGGGAUCUCGUUAGCUUCAGCGCAGCAACCACCGCCUGUCAAAAUAGCUCCCAGUGGCAGCUCGCUGGGGCUCUUUUCCAGGCCAUGGAGGAGUCCCAGAUCUGCCCCGACACGAUCAGCUGCAGCGCCUUUUUGAACGCCUGCGGCAGAUCGGGAUGCUGGCCUCGAGCCCUCGAGGUCCUGGCCUCUAUGUGGGAGCGACGCAUCCCAGCAAACGUCAUCAGCUACAGCGCGGCCAUCAGCGCGUGCGACAAGGGGUCUGCAUGGCCCCAUGCUCUCGAGCUUUUCCAGUCCAUGGCCAAUGUCACUAUAGCUCCCAACGUGAUCAGCUGUAAUGCCACGCUCACCGCCCUCGAGAAAGCUGCCGAGUGGGAACGGGCUUUGGAUAUCUUCCAGUCCAUGACGACGUCGCAGCUCCAGGCGGACAUCGCUAGCUACAGCUCCAUCAUGGCUGCCUGUUCAAGGGCCAAACAAUGGCAGCUCUCCUUGAAGCUGUUCUACACUCUCGAGCACUUGCAAGCAGCACCGGAUUUGGUUUGUUAUGGCGGUGCGCUGACGGCCUGCGAGGGCGGACGCUGGCAGCAGGCAGAGGAGCUGUUGCGAAGGAUGGUCUCGAAGUCCAUCCAGCCUGACCAGGGUUGCUUCUUGGCGGCAGCUCGAGCCUUCAACGCCUCCUCCUCGUGGCAGCGAGCUCUUGAAGUCUUUCGCACCGCCGGCCAUUUGCAUGCGCGCCUGCUGCAGAAAAAGCGGAGUAGAGCACGGUUUAGGGCCCACGGCUUACCCUUUCGGGAUGCGAUUCAUAUUUUCCAAAAACAGUCAAGGUUGGCC